UGGUUGUUUUUCUGGUGUUGUUUUUGUUGCUGUAAUCGUUAAGCAAACUAUCUGUUUUCAUAAAUCUGAUUUAUUAAAAACCACAGGCAAUGAUAAGCUAUUUUUAGUGCUUGAAUUGGAAACAUAGAAUCACUGAGGAAACUAUUAUUUUGUAAAGGCGCCACAUAUUAUACUUUACCAGUUUACCGUUGCUGGGAGUUUAGAAUUGCGGAACUGCAAAGUUAUGAUUUUUGCGUGUUAUUUGAUGCGUGACAGCGCUACUCAUGUGGCUUCCCGUUUCCGGCUCAAUGUCCCAUGGUUGUCUUCCCGUGGUCACACUAUGUAACUCUCCACUGGUCCUGUUGUGAAUUCUUUCGUGCUUUUUGUGCCAGCACUUAAGCAUUGAAAUUCUUAGCGUGCAGAUUUCAAGCAUAAUUAUCGCGUCUCGGAGAAUGACCGAUAAUUCGACUUCUUAAUUGCCGCGCUAAACAACACAAGACCAAAACAAACAACAUGUAUACUUUAGAAGAGCUUACAUUAUCUCUGCUGUCUUGUUGAUAUUCUCCUUCGAUUUACAAAAGAAAAAGUUUAUUGUCCUAGUUUCUAGUUAUUUGUAAACAUAUAAAAUAAAGUGCUUAUAUUAAAGAACUAAUUACAAUUAAAUAUACGCAUGAUUUGUUUUGAGGGGGUCUUGUCUAACAAUGCGUGAAGUUUGUAGUUGUACAAAGGCACACAAGGACUUUACUGAUGACUUUGCUGGGUUUUAAGCCAUUUUACGAGGGCUUUUUAGAGUCAAAGCGAGUUCUUCAAGCUAUAAGAGAAGGUGAUGUUUGUUCUGUUGAUUAUAAAGAGUGGGUCAAACCACGAAGCUAAAGAAAGAUCAAAUUUCUAAGUGUCGAAUCUCAGUUUACGGCUUUCUUUCACCAGUAGCGCGCCAAUAAACCGACAGAAAUAGGCCAACUGCAGUGAUAAGAGUCAUUUCAGCAACACAGGCCCCUGGUCCACUUGUGACAGGCUUGUGAUAACCCGUGACUUCUCUCUGUUCGUAUUCACGUCUGCAGGAAUUACGAGUUGAGGCCACAUCAUUUCCGUCUUCAAGAGUCCUGCACUCCAAGUAUGGCUUCGUUCGAGCUGGAGAGAGAGCAGAGAGACGAGCGCAGCGAACCGCGAAAUAGCGACAGCGGAGUUCACAACACAAAAUCAGAGAGCGAUUAUGGAGUGGAGCAAAGUCCAAAGACUGCACGGAAGUCUAAGAAACAUGGCAAACUUCGCAGAGUUCUAUCGAAAUACAAAUUACGCCUCCGUCCGAGACUUGUGGGUAAACACGGCGGACUUAAAGUGGUAGCAACCGAUGUUGCCCAAAAACAUGGCAUGUAUCUCUCUGACUUGUUCACUACAAUGAUUGACUCCAAGUGGCGGUGGAUUAGUUUAUUAUUUAUAACCGCGUAUACGGGAAGCUGGAUGGGGUUUGGAUGCGUUUGGUACCUGAUCACCUAUUUACGAGGAGGUAAUUACUGUGUUCAUAACGUCGAGUCGUUUGUGACAGCGUUCCUGUUCUCCCUGGAGACUCAGACAACCAUUGGUUAUGGAGGUCGGCAGAUAAGUGGCGAGUGCCCUGAAGCGAUCAUACUACUGAAUAUUCAGUCUCUCUCUGGAUUCCUUAUAAAUGCUCUGAUUAUGGGGUUAAUUUUCGCCAAGUUAUCUCGGCCUCGUAAUCGAGCGGAGACGAUAUUGUUCUCUAAGAAAGCCCUUGUGUGUGUACGGGACGGCAAAAUGUGUCUCACAUUUCGUGUAGGUGACAUUCGUAAGAGUCAAAUCCUACACUGUCACAUACGGGUCCAGCUCUUCAGGACUCGUAAAACAAAGGAAGGACAAGUACUACCAUUCUACCAACAGGACCUGAAGACCGGCAUUGAUUGGAAUGACCAGAAUUAUGGGAACAAUACAAUAUUCCUGAUCCUCCCGCUAACUAUAAUCCACGUAAUAGACGAGGAGAGCCCUUUCUUCACCAUGACCCCUAAGGACCUGAGGUCAUGUGAUUUCGAGCUCGUGGCGAUACUAGAGGGUACGGUUGAGGCCACGGGUAUGUUAACACAAGCAAAGACCUCGUACAUCGGGGAAGAGAUCCUCUGGGGGUAUGAAUUCAAGAACACCCUCGACCACACAAGUUGGAAAGCGGGUCGUUUUCGAGUGAACUACUCGCACUUUGAUCGGGUUGUUCCUGUGGACACGCCCCGCGUUUCCGCUUUGUCGUUUUACGAGGGUAAGGUGUGCCCUUCGUCCGGUGAUUCGGACGAUUCCGGGUCGGGCACUGACGUGUUUUAUGAACAGGAAUCCCCGGAUGAGGUUUCCAGCAAAGAAAUCCAGGAAAUAUCGAUUAGACAGGAUAUGAAUAAGAGUGAAAAUGGCAGUCCUAUAGUCCCGCGGGACCAACGGGAUGACCCUCGGGAUGACGUGCAGUUGCGGGAUCGCAAGACCAGCAACUCGAAAAUGAAGCAAAAUGGACAGCUUAGAAUGUACGAGUUUGAGAAUCGCAAUGUUGCGUACGACCCUGGGGACGACUCGGAUAUACUGUUCGUUUGAGGCUAUAACUGCUGUUCUUUAUGGGCCCUAAAUGGUACACAGUGGAUAUAAAAUAUGAGGGGCAAGUCCUGUGGGAUUUGUGAGGAAAGUGAGAACGGACCUUGAUAAAGCCCCAUCUACAUUAACAAUUUUUAGUUGACAACUAUAUUUGUUGGCAUCUACACUAGUAAUUUUCAUGUGUGACAAUUUUUAAUUGCCGAGAGUAAAAGCAAACCUGCUAGUUUUUGAGCAACUAUAGUUGCCACAUAAAAAUUGCAAACUUUGCUCCAUCUACACUAGCAAAUAAAAAUUGUCAACUAAAAAAUUUUAGGGUAGAAUUUUACUAUCAUUAGGAACCUUAAGCAAGGGCGACGACGACGGCUAGGAAAACGCGAUCGAAAAUUAGGUUUUCGCGUUUGGAAAUAAAUUAUAAUGUAAUUGGUAUGGAAUAAGCAGAAUAUUAUAGUUAGAGAAAGAUAAAAAUAAACUUAGGACAUUUCUACAGUAGGGAACGUAGUUAAUGGAGUUUAAAGUCAAUUGACGUUGAAACUUGGAGUUGGUUUUAUGGAAGGCGGCUGAAAUUUAUCAGACAGAACAUUUUCACAUGCUGUUAUUGAAUUCUGAAUCAAAUUCCAUUUUACUUCCGUCGUCGUCCACGUUCCCGUCGUCCUUUCUUAAGGUCCCUAUUAUCAUCAUCACUACCGACAUCAUGAUUUUAUCACCAAUUUUAUCACCGUCAUGAUUUUAUCACCAAUGAUUACAUCACCGACACUAUGAUUGCACCAACAUCAUGAUUGCAUCACUAACACUAUGAUUGCAUCGUUAUCCAUCAGUCGUCAUAACAGUCAUAAUCAUCGCCACUAUCAUCAUCCCGUCGCCAUCAUCAUCUCAUCACCACCAUCAUCAUCUCAUCACCACCAUCAUCAUCUCAUCACCACCAUCAUCAUCUCAUCGCCACCGUCAUCAUCAUCCUUGUCAUACUCUAUUUAAAAACGGAAAAAUACCAGGCCAUAUGAAAUGUAAAUAAUUAAAGUGCUAUAUUGUGCUUAAUGGUAUUAAUACUAUAGCUAUUUUCAUAAUAACGAUAUAGACACAGUGUGAUCAGGUAGUUGUCACAGAAAGAGAAUACAAACCAAAACCCGUUCUAAGAGUGCGAAAUGUAAAAUUAAAAAAUGAUAUUAAAUGAUUAAAUUAAUCUGUGACAAA